AAAAACCCAGUUCGCGUAUCUUGCUCUGGCGGAGCCAUGGCCGAAGGUUUCUGGAUUCGCGAAGGUGGAUCUGUCCACCGGAGAAAUCAGAAAGUACAUCUACGGCGAACAGAGGUACGGCGGCGAACCUCUGUUUCUUCCGAGAGAAGGGGCGGAGGCGGAAGACGACGGCCACAUCUUGGCCUUCGUUCACGACGAGAAGGAAUGGAAAUCGGAGCUCCAAAUCGUGAACGCCAUAACUUUGAAGCUCGAAGCUUCUGUAAAGCUUCCGUCUCGAGUUCCUUAUGGCUUCCAUGGCACUUUCAUAGGCUCCAAAGGUUUGCAGAAGCAGACCUGGUAAAAAGAAGAGGUAAAUAAUAAUAAAAGUUAAAAGAAAGGAGAUUUUUACCUGUGGGAUGGCAGGGUUUUUACGUCCCCGGAAUCUCCUUUGCUCUCUGUUCUUUUGUUUUUACAGCUGGUAAAAGUUGGGGUAUAAAGUAUAAUUAAGAACUUUGUUGGGGUGAUUAUGUAAGUAAAAAAAAGGUGAGGGGUUUUGAGAAACUAAGCUUGAAGCUUUAUUAGGUUUAGUUAUUAGGAAUGGAAGCUCAGCUGGUUUCUGCUUAUUCUUUCACUCAUUUUGUGAAUUAUUGAAUUUUUAAGAAAGUAAAUAUUGUAUUUUUAAUUAAUAUAAAGGAUGUGAAAUGUUUGUUCU